UUUUUAAUUAACUUUUCCAAAAAGGCGAGCAGCCGAGAAAUUAGCGGUUAAAUUAUUAUUAAACCCAUUCUGUGAGUCCCUGUUGCCUCCACCCGCGGGGAUCGAACUUACUUUCGCUCUAGUAGUUUUAAUAGACUGGCAGCUCGUACAUGUGACUCGCUCUUGCUUCACGCCGGCCAGUUUUUCGUUCGACUCUUUCCUUUCGCUCUGGGCUCUUCCUCUGUUGCAAAGAAGCGCAACCCUCCACUAAUCGUUCCCUUUCACCUCGUUCUUGGUACUAGGAGAACCACCAUGCUUGCUAGGAGCAGAAAAAUUUUCUCUGGACUUUCUGUCUACUGGAAGCCUCUCUUCAAAGGCCGCCUCCUGCUUGUAACCAACACGGUCAGCUGUGGGGGGCUUCUAGCUGCAGGAGAUGCACUUCGCCAAUCCUGGGAGAUAAAGAAGGACUCUAAACGGAAAUGGGAUCGUGCCCGGACAGCACGAAUGUUCACCAUCGGCUGCACGAUGGGCCCAAUGAUGCACUAUUGGUACCUGUGGCUAGAUGGGGCCUUCCCUGCUGCUGGCUUCAGCGGCAUUAGGACUGUCCUGAAAAAGGUUUUCAUUGAUCAGAUCGUUGCCUCUCCAGUCUUCGGGGUUUGGUAUUUCAUAGGGAUUGGAUCUUUAGAAGGACAGACUCUGGAGCAAAGCUGGCAUGAAUUGGAGGAGAACUUUUGGGAAUUCUACAAGAUGGACUGGUGUGUGUGGCCACCAACACAGCUGAUCAAUUUUCUGUUCCUGCCACCGACAUAUCGAGUGAUUUACAUGAAUGUCGUCACUCUAGGAUGGGACACUUACCUAUCAUACCUUAAAUAUCGUAAUAAAAAGCCAGCGCUCAGUCAGGACGAAGAUUCUAAACCUUGCACUUCUGAGAUCCAGACUACUGGGUGAAAAAUCUGAAUCACCAAACUACUUUUUCAAAACUCAAAGCAAUCCAGCAUCUUUUUUUUUUUUAGAAAAAAAAUACUAUUUGAAUUCUUCUAUGUGGAAAAUGGGUGCCUAAAUAAGUCUGCAAGCAGUUCUGAUUUUCCUUGUCAAAAACUCUGUAACAAGAAGGAGACUGAGGGCUCAGAGCACUUUUCUCUGACAGGCUGGUGCGAGCUGGAGCAGCAGCCAACAUCCAGGAAGCAGAAGUGCUGCCCCUUAAAAGUGCCAAAUUACAGAUUUUUCUAAUUUAUUUUAUUUAUUAAUUUUGUAUCACAUCAAUCUCGUGAUUUUGGAUGGUGUGCAAGAAUCUCAACAGUGAUCUUAAAAUCAAUCAUGACAAGAAAAACAAUUAGGGACAAAGAAAAUAUGGUCGUCUUCCUUCUCCACUAAACCUCAAAGGAAUCGAAAGUUUUCCAGAGCAUCCUAAAAGCCAAGAAUGAAGCAUCGGGUGUAUUUCCAGGGAAGGUGUAUUCCAUAGAGCAGUGUUUCUCAACCUCAACAGUAUUGAGAUGAGUGGACUUCGAUUCCUAGAAUUCCCCAGCCAGCAACGAGGUGUGGCCAUAUUUGAGAACUGUUGAUUGUCUUCGGAUGGUUCAAAUUAGCAAUUCAGUUCAUUCUUUGGAGGAUGAAUCCAUCUAUUUUGGAAAUAAUAACUCUUUAGAUAACAGGAGAGUCAGACAAGCUAAGAAAGGGAGAAGUAAAAAUAAAAAAGGGAAAUUCAUUUUGGUACCUGUAAACCCACAGCAUCCUUUACAGAACAUCCUGCCAGAGGGGAUGGAUUUGGGCAGCCUAUACAUUUAAUGAAUAUAUCUUUAAAAAAUAACAAACAAGCUUGAGAGUAACUUCAUCCCACGAUUGUGUUGAAAGAUUAAAUAUGGGGAACUAGAUUGUGUCCUUAUUGUUAUGCUCACAAGUAGUUAUGGGCCUCUGGUGGCUCAACAGACUAAGCAGUCUGUUAUUAACACAGCUGCUUGCAAUUACUGCAAGUUCAAGUCCCACCAGGCCCAAGGUUGACUCAUCCUUCCAUCCUUUAUAAGGUAGGUAAGAUGAGGACCCAGAUUGUUGGGGGCAAUAAGAGUUGACUUUGUAUAUAAUAUACAAAUGGAUGAGACUAUUGCUUAACACAAUGUAAGCCGCCCUGAGUCUUCGGAGAAGGGCGGGAUAUAAAUUCAAAUAAAAUAAAAUAAAUAAAAUAAAAAUAAAUGCUCACAAGCUACCUUUGCAAGCAAAAGGUAGACUAAAAAGCCUUAAAACCAAGAGUGAGUGACCAAAUGACUCUAAAGCAUGGGAAUUUUUCAAUUCCCUAUUUUUUCCUUCAGUGGAUUAGAGAAAUAUAUCAAGGAAAUGUUUGCUAUAUGAUAUAUCCAGACUUUUAUUGAACUUAUUCUUCAUCUUAUUUACUCUAUUUGCUGCAUAGGUAGCUCAAACUGCCAGGGGUGAUUGUGUGGGACUUUAGGGUAAAUACUACCAUAUGCAGUAAAUAUGGUAUCUAUGGAGAUUCUCAAUCAUCUCAAAAGUGCGUUUUCCAAAAGGCAGCUGGGACUUUCUUGGGAUUUGUUUUUUUUAAAACAUUUUGCUUCUCAUCCAAGAAUGAAGUAGCUUCUCGGAUAAGAAGUGAAAUGUUUUCAAAGAACCAAAACCAAGAAAGUCCAGUUGCCUUUUGGAAAAAGCACCUUUGGGAUAAAUAUGCUGAUGUUACCUAGUUCUCUGUAUCUUGCCACUCAACUGCAGAGAAAUGGCAUGGACCCUUGAAGAUUGCAGGGUCCUUGGUGCUCUCUGACCUUGGUGGUUUUCAUCAGUGCCCUGAUGAUAUUAUCUAAUUUGGUACUGAAAUGUCUGCAAAAAAAAACAAGCUCAAAGAGCAUCAAUGACUCGGCAGUUCAACCCUGAACUACAAAUAUUCUCUUCUAUGGGUACACUUGAAGAUUGCUUAGUCAGCAAUGGGCUGGAUGAGGGAGAAUACAUUGAAAUGAUAUGCAGAGAAGAUAGGUCAAGAAGAAAUACUGUUACAGUAUUGUGAUUUGGAUUGGGCUGGAUGGUGCUGCACUCCUUCCUAAAACAACAGGCCCAUAGAUUAUGUGUGAUCCCCAGGAGAUUGUCCAGAGAAAUCAAUGGUAAAAGAUGAUUUCCACACUCAUUCUAAGCGUAUCAGUUGCAAUUGCUUAUUGGCCAGCUGGAUUUGGCAACAGUUAUCCCCAUUUUUGUUGUAUCUCGUCUGCUGUACAGGUAGUCAUCGGCUUACAACCAUUCAUUUAGUGACUGUUUGUAGUUACAACAGCAUUGAGAAAAGGUGACUUGAUGUUUUUCACAUUUACGAUCACUGCAGCAUCCCCAUGUCAUGAUCAAAAUUCAAACGCUUGGCAACUGACUCAUAUUUUUGAGGUUUGCAGUAUCCUGGGGUGGGGGGGUUGUCAGGUGAUCCCCUUUUGUCACCUUCUGACAAACAAAAGUCAACGGGGAAGCCAGAUUCACUUAACAACCGUGUUACUAAUUUAAGAACUGCAGCGAUUCACUUAACAACCGUGGCACUAAAUGUCAGAAAACGGGGCAAAAUUCACUUAACUGCCUUGCCUUAGCAAGGGAACUUUUAGCCUCCAUUGUAGUGGUAAGUCGAGGACUAUCUGUACUUCGAGGCCAUCUGAAAAAGUUUGUAAGAUUUUAAAGAUGAUUUUGUAAAUAGCCACCUGCAAGGUUCUCUGCUAUCAAUGAACAGAAAGUCUCUAAUAUAUUUGGGAAUAAAUGUAUUCUAAAUCAGAAAGUUUGAUUGCUGAUAUUAUUGUACCCGUCUCUUUCCUCUCAGUAAAUCUUACUAAAGAUGUCACAAUCUUACCUGAAAUGAUUAUUAGUGGUUGAGGCAACUGCCGAAGAACCUGCCACAACGGUACUUCUAAAGUCUCAAUAUUUUCACCUUCCAAAGCAGUUUAAAACAAACCUGCAAUUUGCUUUGACAACCAGCCAAAACUGUAGGAAAUAUGUGCACAAAUCAUAAAUCAAUCUAGUAUUUCCAUCUUACCCGUAAUUUUUUCAACUCCUA